UUUCUAUGUGGGAGUUCUGAAAGUAGAGAUAAAUUGAGGGCACAGAGAUGAAGAAACUCUUCUUUUUCAGAUCAUCUUCAGCUAAUGGUGGUACUAAUCAAGUUUCACCAAAAUCAGCUCAUAAGCAAGUCUAUUGGGAUAAACAAGCAGAUGGGAAUGACAAAUGCAGGAAUAAAAAGCAAACCACUGAAAACUGUGCUGCUAGUAGCACACCAUUUCUUAGAAGAAGCCGUUCAUCAUCAUCUGCAGCCAUCUUUGAUGGUGCGGCUAUCCAAAGUACUGGAAUUGAUCAAAUAGGGUCUCCAUGUAGUACUAGUAAUGGGUCAGUCAAGCAAUUUGGUCGCCAUUCAUCUCGUCGCACUCUGACUCCUGAGAGGCAACAUCGGACAAAGUUCUUUGAAAGUGGCACUGUUCAAAAUGGACACAGAGUCGAGAAGCGUGGUUGUGUUCCUUCUUCUGGGCUGCAAUAUGAUUCAUCAGAAUGUUCCUCUUACAGUUCGAGUAAUGUUUCAAAUGGAGUAUUGGACCGUUAUAUUGAUGGGGAAGAACAGCUGGAACAGAGCUCAUUGCAGGGUAAGUUUUCCAUGAGAAAUCAUAUUGAAAAUGUAAAUGACUUGAGAAAGCAAGCCCCAGUAGUUCAGCAUCAUGCCUCUGUUUCUCCAACCAAUGAUAGGACACGAAAACCUAAAUCUCAAUCUUUUAGAGAAAUUGAUGUAGCACAGCUUCAUCUUUCAUCAAGGGAUUGGGUGGAGAAUGGCUUUGGCAAUGAAUCUCCUAGGAAACUGGCUAAACAUGUGGUUGAGAGACUUUCCCAGGCAAAGUUUUUUCCCAAGAAAAGUUCAAAAGAAUUAGAUUCUGACGUUCCAAUCACAGUUGAAGACAUCUAUAGUGGAUCCUUAACUAGAAGUCCUAGUGGAGAUUCUGAUGGAGUUCCUCCAAAAACUUGUACACUCAAUGAUGUUAAUGGAGCUUCUGAUGGAUAUGCUUGUGAAGGAACCUCAGGUUUUACCGGUAGAAAAUGCUUCUUUGCUGACAGCUGUGAAUUCUCAAAUAACAUUGUGUCAGGAGAAGAUGCAGAUUUCAAGUUAGUUAGCAAGUUUAAGGAAGCUGAGGAUCAGGCCAUGUUUCUUUCAGAAGAGCUUGAACAAGAGAAUUUUCUUCAGCACACUGAGCUUAGUCUGCCAUCGUUGGUUCAGACAAUUAGAGGCUUGAGUGUUGAAAGGGUAAACAUGGCUUACAAUGUUUCAUCUAUUCUGAAGGAUUGGAUUGCUGAUAGGGCUUCUCUGAAGGAAGAACUUAAAGAAGUUAGGUCAGAAUUGGAUUCAAAGACUCGGAGAUUGGAGAAGGAAAAGAAUGAGUUGCAAUCAGCUCUGGAGAAAGAGUUAGACAGAAGGUCAGGUGAGUGGUCUCUUAAACUGGAGAAAUACCAGGCAGAAGAACAUAGACUUCGUGAGAGGGUAAGGGAGCUUGCAGAGCAGAAUGUCUCCCUGCAGAGGGAGGUCUCUUCUUUUUGUGAGAAGGAAACUUGUAUAAAAAGCAAGAUGACACAUUCUGAGAAGCAGGUUGAGGACCUGACUACAAAAGUCAAGGAAUUGAGAGAAGAAAAGCAAAACCUGCAGAAAAUUUUGUCUGAGCUGCAAGAGAAGUAUAGUGCAUCUGAAGAGGGUAGAGAUUGCAUGCAAAGAAACUAUGAGGAGAAGGUGAAAGAAUGCAAGGACUUGCACAGGUCUAUUACUAGAUUACAGAGGACGUGUAGUGAACAGGAAAAAACAAUUGAGGGAUUACGUGGACUUGGUGAGGAAAUUCAGAAGAAGAAUUUUGUGGAGAACAUUGAUAAGCAGCUAGGGAAACUGCAAAUGGAACAAAUAAGGUUGACGGGGCUGGAGCAUGCAUUGAGGAAGGAGGUGGAGUCUUGCAGGCUUGAAAUUGAUUCUCUUCGUCAUGAAAAUAUAAACCUACUACAUCGUUUAAAAGAUGCUGGAAAGGAGGGUGGUUUUUCAACGUUUAAGCUAGAUCAGGAAUUGUGGAAUCGUAUUUGCUGCCUGCAGAACCAAGGGCUUUCUUUCCUUGCGGACAGUGCCCAGCUGUGCAAUAAAUUACUUGAGUACAUGAAGUCAAAUGCAAAUCAGUUUACUAAAGCUGGGUUAGGCGUUGAAGACACUGGCUUAAGUAGCCAAUUUAUCAUUGAAUGUGAGGUGAAGCUCCAGGGUUUUAACAGAGGAAUUGAAAACUUAACAAAGAGUUUGUCUGUUGUCUCCACUGUGUUGCAUGAAAAGUCUCAGCCAGUCUCUUUGGAAUCUCAGUGCCCUGUUUUAGGGGUUGACACAUGUCACAGCAAUAAAAAAUCAGAGGAUAUAAUACAAUCAGAGCUCAAAGCUGAAACUUUACUAACAACUUUGUUACGGGAGAAGCUUUAUUCCAAAGAGCUGGACAUUGAGCAACUUCAAGCUGAAUUGGCAGCUGCUGUUAGAGGGAAUGAUAUUCUUAAAGCUGAAGUGCAAAAUGCACUGGAUACCCUCUCUUGCUUAACUCACAAGACGAAAGACCUUGAACUUCAGAUGAUCAAGAAAGAUGAGAAUAUCUAUCAGCUUCAAAAUGAAUUGCAAGAAUACACCAAGGAACUGACAAUUGUUAAGGGAAUUCUACCAAAAGUGUCUGAAGAGAGAGAUUUGAUGUGGGGGGAAGUUAAGCAGUAUAGUGAGCAGAACAUGUUGUUGAACCGCGAGAUCAAUAUCUUGAAGAAAAAGAUAGAGGGACUUGACGAAGACAUACUGCUCAAAGAAGGUCAGAUUUCAAUAUUGAAAGAUGCCCUGGGCAAACCCUUUGACCUGCUGGCAAGCCCAGAUUCGGCGCAUAAAUACUUGGUGAAUUGAGGGAUAAACGGUGAAUUUGUCAGGAUUGCUUAGGACUGUUCAUAUUUGUACAAAUGUUUUUGUUGGUUGGUUUUUUUAGUUCUUUGGUUAUUAUUUCUUGAAAAUGAUGUUAAGUACUGUAAGGCUUGCAAUCAACUGUGCAGUUGAUAGUGUUUUUGAGUUUGCUAAGACGAGAAAAUUAAAAACUUCUGCUAUGGAUUCAUGGGUGAAGUUCUUUUCCCCUCCCUUAGAUAUACAUAUCUUUUCUGUA